UAUUUUUUUUUAAAACCUGUUUCACAAAAAUAUCUUUUUCACUGUAUGAGAUGGAAAUUCUAUCUAAAACUAUUUGUUGUUGAUGAAUAUUUAUUUUUAGUCUUCAAUAAUUGUCUUAUACUUUACAAUACAAUCGCAAAAACACUUUUAUGCAAAAACUAAAAUACAUGUUUAAAUUCGUACCUACUCCUUUUAGUUCUAUUUUUCGGCACCAUAUGGCCGAAUGGUAGACCACUAUUCCCAAGAGCGUAGAUUUAUUUUUGGACAGGAUAUCUGAGAAAUGAAAAUUUGUAAACCUUCAAAUUUUGGAAUAUAAAAAAAUGAAAUGUUGGAUUUAUACAAUUUGCAAAUUUCAAAAUAUACAGUUUUAAAUGAAACUGUUCAAUUUUUCAUGUUUACAAUUUCAAAUUGAAAUAUGUUGAUGGCCUCUGCUUCUAUAGUUUGCCAUUUACACUGUUUCAUUUUGAGACCAUUUUUAAUUUUUCAAGUUCUUAUUUACCCUGUUUUGAAUUUAAAAACAUAUUUUAAUGGCCGGGAACAAAUAAGAAAAUGACCGCGAAUUUUUUAUUGCGUUUUAGCAGCCUACCUGAAAGUUUCCAGAUGUGUUAAUAUUUUAAACGUUACAAACCUUUAAAUUUGCAAGUUCAACAUCUACACGUUGAAUAUCUUUAACAUUUCUACAGUCACGGAAUAUUUUAUUUAAUAAAAGUAAAUUAGUAGAGAAUUAUUGUAAAAAAGGAGAAUGGUUUAUUAGUAUCCUUAAGUCGCUAACAUUUUUAUCCAGUACUUAAUUCGUACGAAAUCAACACUUUGUUUCCCAGGUCACGUCGAUCGAACCUCGAUCGAUUCAACAAUCGCACAGUAAAAGUAUUGUGGAUUCCGAUAGAGAUCUACGGUUCCAUUCGUCCUGUAGAUUUUCUUCAACUUAGUAGUCGUCUUUCAAAAAUAAAUAAUUUUAUUUCGUAAUUGAUUUUUUCUUCUCUAGUUUGUAUCGAGAUGUAUGGUGGAUUUUACUCAAAUUUUAGAUUAUAAAUUAAUUGAAUAUCAAUCAAAAGGGGGUAGAAAUAAAAAUUUAAUUAUUAUUUAAAAUAGCCUCAAAUCAGGAAAAUAUAAUAAGUCACGAAACCCCAUAGGUUUCGUGACCACUAUUUUAAAUUAUGUCGUGUUCGAGCAAAGGACUGAUUAUGAACGUAUUAUUUUUGUGGACUAUGGCACUUUUAGUCAAAGCUAGAGAGAUACGAAACAUAGAAGGCAUUCGAGAUUUAUGUAAAUUAAACACAUAGACGUUUAUGUGUGAUCAGGAAUGUAAAAGACAAACAAAAAUUUUAAACUUUAUUUUUGUCUGGUAGAUUUUGUGUGUAUCGGAUACUUUAAACAAAUUUUGUUACAGCAUGUGAUGUGAAAAAUGUCCCGGAUGAAACAUAUCUCUUAGAAUUUUGGACAGCGUGGAGAGAGUUGUACUCGAAGUUUAUAAUUUCUUUACAGAAAUGUAGUCUUAAAAUCGAAUAUUGUGUAAUAAUUUAGAUAUUUUUAAUGGCAAAGUAAUAAAAUAUUUUACUGUACAAAAUUUCCACUUGAAAUGCAGGAAUUCGUGUGUGAAAAGUUUUCCCACUAGCAUUAGUGCCCCCCCCCCCAUUAAAUUUAAGAAUUUUACAUAAAUGGAUAGAAAUUAAAAAAGCAUCUCAAGUGUUAAGGAAAACUCGUUCGAAUUCGAUGUUCCUAGAUUGUCUUUUUUUUUGUUACUAUGGAUUUUACACAACUUUAAAGAAGUAUUACAGAGACCUUCAAAAUAUGAGCGCGAGGUAUAAGUAGUCAGAAAAUGAUCAGAUCUGUCAAGUGAGUUUAGUAAGUGCGUGAAGAAGGUGAUUUGGAAGAAGAGAUUCGUCAAUAUUAGAGAAUUAAAUCAAAAUGUCGUACAUUGAACAUGGACCGCGCAUAUUUUGUACCGGUCGACCAAGCAAUGCAUUGCCUUUGUACUACGGUGAUUACGUUUUGCCGAGGAAGAGGUCAGAAGGGCGAUUGAAAAUGUAUGACUCGUGUUCCGACAUCAGAGCAUGGAGUCCAAAUCCGAUGGAAAAUUCUCGCUAUUUUCGGGAAUUGGCCGAACACGCACCAAAACCAGGAAAAGUAGUUCCAUUUAACGUGUUAAUAGACAACCUUAUAAAGAUGGGUUCUCAAGCACAAGAUGAACUUGAGUUACUAAGAAAGGAGCUGGAAAAAUAUAAAUCUGUAAAACUCACUGCAGAACAAAAGGAAGAACUAAACAGAAUAGCCAAGUCUUUCAAUGAAGAAUGCAAAGAUCAAGGAUCUAAUGAGAAAGGAAGAUCUCUUUCAAAAAUUAUAUUCGAUACGUUUCAGAGUGAAUCGCGUGAAGAUCAAAGAGAAGAAGGACGAAAUAGAGGACUAGAAGAAUGUUUAGUAGUUGAAAAUAAAAAUGUGUCGGUUCAAGUACAACCCAUAGUUUCUGACUUGGCAGUGCAGUACGAUUCACCUGUAGAUGAAAAUAUGAGUAAAACGAGUAUUAGUUCAGCAACACCCAAUUCGACUGUGAGAGAUGAAAAAUCUUUCUGCUCAGUAAAUUCAGGAUUUGAUACUACAGAAUCAUCUGAAAGCGAGAGUGAAAGUAGAUCAGCUUAUGAAUCUCAAAUCAUUGAAAAGGAGUCUAAGAUAAUCGCUCUCGAGAAUGAAGUUCAAGUAAAAAAUGCAGAAUUAGAAGAACGCGAAGAGAAAAUUAAAGACAUGAGAAUGUCUGUAAGAAGUAUAAAAGACGUGUUAGAUCAGAAAUGUCACGAAGUGGAAGACUUAAGAACUAAAGUACAUGUGUUAAAAUUUGAAAAAAGGAAACUGCAGGAUUCUCUCGAUAACGAAUCUCGUGUUUCCGAUGCUCAGUUGGAUGAAUUAAACAGGCUACGAUUUAGAAUCGAUCAAGAAGUAGACAUAAAACUUAAUUUAUCUAAACAACUAGAACAAAUAAAGAGAGAACGAGAUGGAUAUGCAAGAAAAGUAGAUAUGUUACAACAGCAAGAAAAAGAAAAAAAUAGAAUUCUUGCUCAUAAUGAAGAAGAAAUAGAAGAAUUAUUUCAAUCCUGGCAGAAUUCAACAAAAGAGCACGAAAAAUACAAGGCUAAGACAAAGGAGAUAUUGGGAAUCUUGGAAACGGAAGUAGAAGACAAGAACGGCAGAAUUUGUGAAUACGAAGCUCAAAUUUUGAAUGUCGAACAAGAAGUUGGGGAUAUGUUUAUAAUGUUGAAAACGAGUUUAAGCGAAAUUGAGUUCAUUGAUAAAUAUGAAUGUGAAUGCAAUGAUGACUCUGAUGGAAACCAGAGCCUUGUUUCACAAGCGAAAGCAACUAUUAGCAAUCUUAGUCUUUGGGUCAAGCAAAGAGAAACAGAGCGUAAGAAUCUUCUGAAGCAAUUAGAUGAUCUCAAGAAUGAGAAGAAAUGUAUCGAGCCCGACUGUAGAGUACGUCAUACUGGUACUUACGUAAAUUAUGAAAGUUCGACAGAGUAUGAAGAAACUCCAAAACAUAGUGAAGUUGAGAUAAAAAAUUAUGAUUUAGACGAAAAUGAAGAUCGAUCAUUGUUCAAAGGAAUCUCGAUCAAUCUCGAAAACAGUCAAGAUCGUCUGGAAUCGCAAGUGACUGAUCAGGAAUCGACAAUAGAAGUGUGGAAUUGUUCUUUCGAUAAGAAAAUUGAUUUAGCCUUCGAAAGCCAUGUGACGACUUCUAUUAUAAAAAUUCGCAAGCUCAACGAAGGUUUAAAAGGAAAAAUUAGGGAAAUAGAAGAGCUAAAAUCUGAAAUUAGGAGAAGGGAUUUAGAAAUAACAAAACUACGUUCCCAAAUGAUUGAGCAAAGCUCCCAAGGGAAAGGAGAUGGGGAUUGUUAUGAAAGAGAACAAGCAGAUCGAAAUAAGAGGAAAUUAAAAUUAGAGGAAGAACUUCUGACUAAUAAACACAAACUCUUGGGUCUCAACGAAGCCAAUUUUAUACUGAGCGACAACGUUAAAUGUUUAACAGAGGAGAAAAAAUUACUAAUGGAGAAAUAUGAGACAGUUAAUCAAGCGCUACAGUUGAGAAAUAGGGAGCGGGCGAUUAAUGAAAAAUAUAAAAGAAAAGUUGAAGAAAUGCAAUCAAGACUACGAGAUCUGCAAGCGGUAAAUGGAAACCUUAUGCAAGAAUUGUCUUCAGCGAAUAAAGAGAUCGAGAAAGGGAAUAAAAACAUUCAGGAUUUGCUCGAUGAAAAGGAAAACUUGCAAAAAAUCAUAUUUGAAUUAAGGGAGGAAAUUCGGUCAAAAAAUUCGGAGAUUGAAUAUCUAGCAGAACAAAAUUUCCAGCUGACUGAGAAGUUACAAAAAACUCUAAAGGACUUUGCCAAACUUGAGGAAUCCAAAGUUAUGAAAAAUAGAAAUGUUAACGAGUUGUUACAGCUUCAAAAGGAAGUGCGAAAAUUGAAUAAAGAGAAAUGUAGAUUAGAAGAAAAAAAUGUUAAUCUUCAAAACAAUUUUAUGGAAUACCAAAAACAAAAUAGGGAAUUAGAUAGAGAAGUGGAAGAUAUGAUUACAGAAAACACAAAGCUGAGAUGUUCUAUAGAUAUCUUGAGGAAUCAAUAUGAGGUUAUAGUUGAGAAGGAUAAAAAUAAGAAAAAGUCUAUGGAUUAUUCCAGUAUAUUGCUGGAUAAAAUUAAGCAAAAACUGGACAAUUGUAAAUUGGAAGAAGAGGAGAAGAGAGAGAGAGUAGUUCUCAUUAAUAGAUCGACGGGUAUGGAUGCAGAAUCCGAAAAAAGUUUUUCAAAAGAUUUGUUGAAGGAAAAGGAGAAAAUUCACUUAGAAAAUGAGAGCAGACAAAGGGAAGAUGAGAUUGAAAAACUGAAACUUGAGCUUGAACAAAGGAAUUUGGAAAUCCAAAAUAUGGAGGAAAAGCAUAAGCGCUCACUAAUAAUGGUGACUAGAAAUAAAGACGAGGAGCUAAAAAAGUUAAGAAAUCUUUACCAUCAGAAUGUUCAAAAUUUGAAAACUAGUUUCAAUAGUUUUAAAAAUGAAGGCUUUUCUUUUGGUACAGAAGAUUGGCUUAAAACGCUUAGUACCGAAGAAUUGGAAAUCUUAUGUCAACGAAUCUUUUCCAUGAUUCCUUCGGAAGAGUUCUUGAAAAACAUGCACAACAAGCAAAAUAAUUAUCUGCAGGAAGAUAUGAGUGAAAGGCAAAGGUUAAUUGAGAAAGUGACUAAGUUAGAAUACAAAAUUGCUGAAGUGAAAGAAGAAUCGACUCUUAAAGUUGAAGAAUUGGAAUCAAGGAUUCAAGAGGAACGAAAUAAGUCAGCCAGGCUUCAAACAAAUUUUUACAGGCUAUAUGAAAAUCCAGAUCACAUUAUAGUGAAACAAAGAAAAAAUCGAAAUCAGAAUUUUGAAUCACUCCAUAUAAAUGAAGGAAUUAAUAAAGACCUGAAUUUUAAGUCUUACACAUCGGAUCAGGAUUGCAUACAAUCCACCAGACUUUUAUGCAAUCAGCCAGGAAAAGAAAGAAAUGUGUGCAAAAGAAAAUUACUCUCAGGAGAUGAAUCAACCGGCAGCAGAAGGAACGAUUUCAUACGUCGAUGUUGUACAAGCAUGCGCCAUAAAUAAAGUGCUUUAAUAAAAUGUUGGUUUCUAUAUUUGAGAAAAAGAGCUCAGAAAAUUCCAACUCUUCAAAAUGAAAAAUAAUAAGAGAUAUACAAAUUUAAUGUAGGAUAAGAAAGUCCACGUGUUAUGUCAAAUAAUAAUAUUUGUGCUUUUAUUUUUAGA